AUGGGUGCACCAUUUUGUAUCCUUGUUCUCUUUCUGCUACCAUCAUCACCAUUUUCAUCUUCAGAAGUACCUCAUAGUUUAACUCAAGGCUCUUCUCUCUCGGUCGAGAGACAAAACCACGACGUUCUACUUUCACCAAAUGGCCUAUUCUCUGCCGGCUUUCACAGUGUUGGUGACAAUUCGUAUUGCUUUGCAAUAUGGUUCACCGAACCAUUAUACAAUGGAAAUCACACAGUAGUUUGGAUGGCCAACCGAGAUGAGCCAGUUAACGGGAAGCUCUCAACCCUCUCUCUGCUGAGAAACGCCAAUCUUGUUAAUCUUGUACUAACGGACGCUGGGCAACUCACCAUUUGGUCCGCCAACACUGGUUCGAUUGGCUCGGCUUCUGUAGUGCAAUUGCAACUUCAAAACAAUGGUAAUCUUGUCCUCAUCACCUCUGGGGGUGUGACGCUUUGGCAAAGUUUUCAUUCACCAACAGAUACACUUCUUCCAAAUCAACCUCUCACCAGAGACACAGUUUUGAUCUCGUCACGUAGCCAAACCAAUCAUUCUUCUGGUUUUUACAACUUACAUUUCGACAAUGAUAAUAUCCUUCGUCUUGUAUUUCAUGGCCCUGAUAUUUCUAGCGUUUACUGGCCCUCCCCCGGGGUACCUAGCUUGCAAACCGGAAGAUACAUGUACAAUACUAGCAGAAGUGCAAUACUCGAUGAAUCAGGCCGUUUCAUGUCAUCUGAUGACUUCAAUUUCACUGCCACAGAUUUUGGUGUCGGGCCACAAAGGAGAAUGGCCAUUGAUGAGGAUGGUAAUCUUCGAUUGUACAGUCUAGAUGAGAAGAGACGACGUUGGGUGGUUUCCUGGCAAGCCAUGGCUCAACCGUGCCUGAUUCAUGGCGUGUGUGGACUUAACGGUCUGUGCACUUACGUUCCACAAGAAAAUUCAGGGAGGAGGUGCUCUUGCAUACCUGGAUAUAAGGUGAAAAAUGACACUGAUUGGUCCUACGGAUGUGAACAAGAAUUCGAUUUGUCUGGCAACAUGGAUGAAUAUGGUUUCGUCGAGCUUCCUAACGUCGAAUUCUAUGGCUACGAUAAUGUCUUCCUCACGAAUUACACCUUAAAGAGCUGUGAGGAGUUAUGCUUGAAGGAUCCCGGUUGCAGAGGGUUCCAAUACAAAGAUCAAAAUCUCUGUUACGUCAAGUCACAGUUGCGCAACGGACGUCGUAUUUCUUCGAAUUUAUUGUUCUCAAUGUACAUAAAAUUGCCCAAACGUGAACUCUCAACGUAUGACAAGCCGGCUCAACAAUUCACAUUCAAUUGCUCCGGCCAACUCGGUGUGCAGCUCUAUAGACCUUAUGAGAAAUCCCACGAAAAUGGGAUACUGAAGUUUAUGCUUUGGUUUGCAACUGCAACCGGAGGAGUUGAAAUCAUGUUGAUCUUGCUCGUGUGGUGUUUCUUGUCUAGAACCCAAAAAAAGUCGCACGAAACUGUGCAAGGUUACAAUUACGUUGAUUGUGGAUUCAAAAGAUUCACCUACGCGGAACUAAAGAAGGCGUCUAGGAAUUUCGGAGAAGAGAUUGGAAGAGGAGGUGGUGGCGUUGUGUAUAAAGGCACGUUGUCUGAUAAUCGUGUCGUGGCAAUAAAACGUCUGGACGAAGCUAACCAAGGAGAAGCAGAGUUCUUGGCAGAGGUGAGCACGAUCGGGAGGCUUAACCACAUGAAUUUGAUAGAGAUGUGGGGAUAUUGCGCGGAGGGAAAGCACCGGCUUUUGGUGUACGAGUACAUGGAGCAUGGAUCCUUGGCAGAAAAUUUAAAUGCUGACACACUUGAUUGGGAGAAGAGGUUCGAUAUUGCUUUAGGUACAGCUAAAGGGCUUGCUUAUCUGCAUGAAGAGUGCUUGGAAUGGGUUUUACAUUGUGAUGUAAAGCCUCACAACAUACUCUUGGACUCGAAUUACCAGCCAAAGGUGUCAGAUUUCGGGCUGUCUAAACUAUUGAACAGAAGUGGUGAGAACAAUCCGAGCUUUUCCAGGAUAAGAGGAACACGAGGUUAUAUGGCUCCGGAGUGGGUGUCCAAUCUCCCAAUCACCUCCAAAGUCGAUGUUUAUAGCUAUGGAGUGGUCGUGUUGGAGAUUGUGGCCGGAAAGUGGGCAACAACAGGCGUCGACACCAUUGGUGGCGACGAAGGGGAGGUGGAACAGACAAGGUUGAUUAAGUGGGUAAGAGAGAGAAUGAAUAAUGGAGUUGCAGUGACAUCGUCAAUUGGAGAAAUUAUUGCGCCUACGAUAAACGGUAACUAUGACACUCGCAAGAUGGAAAUUAUGGUUGGGGUUGCUUUGCAAUGCGUAGAGGAAGACAAAAAUGGCAGACCAACCAUGAGCCAGGUAGUAGAGAUGCUUCUACACCAUCAAAAUGAUAAUUAG